AUGCCCACAAUUCCACAGUACAUCGCCUGCUUUACGUUGCUGUACGCCGACCCAGAGGUGAAGGAACAACAUCAGUACCUACAACCCUUGUACGGUCUCACUGCCGAUGACGAUCCGCCGGCGCCGCUGCGGCACCAACGGGAGUCUUCGCAGGACGCUUCUGGAAACAGCUUGAGCAACAGCUGUAGCCUGAUCUCCCAAGACGAUGUGCCGGGUAGCAUCGCAGGCUCUCAGCAGACCACAUGCCUGGGUGAGCCGGCGACACAACGCCAGAAGCACUCGCGGACCACCUCCGGUGUCCUACCGCAGAAAAUAAACUCGGCCGGCUUCAAGACCUAUGGAGGCAGUGAAGAGCAGUCAGCACCAGGAGCGGCACCAGCAGCAGCGCCAAUUCGCCCUCCUCGGAGAGUUGAUCAUGUAGGGCUCAGCCUCUACCCCGACUUGUCAACAGCCAUCGUCGGCCCUCAGCCAGUCUUUGGCGGCGCCGCAGUUUCUGCCGCCGCCGCGGCCACCCCCACCGCCAGCCCCUCCCCAGCUGCGAUGGGGGGCAGUGUUCCACCACCCUACCUGUUCGCCUCUAACGGCUUACCAAUGCUCGCGAGCGUCGUUGAUGCAAACGCGCUGCAGCAGCUGCAAGACGCGCGUCGCCCUUACCCGGCCCCGCAGCCGCGGAGCGGGCAGGUCUUGCUCUCGUGCCCCAAGCGCGGCAGCCUUAUCAUGUUCGGUGGCUUGGGUGACGCCCCCUUCAACGAUGUGUGGGAGUACGAUGUGCGAACAGGUCGCUGGGCAGAGCUGCCUUGCGUCUCUGCCACGGAAGAGGAGGAAGAAGAGCAGUUGGCGGUACACCACCACCAGCACCAGCAACGAUCGCAUGCGCGGCAUGGUGGUGCCCGCCGCCUCGAAGACAGGCACGCGGCCACCUCCAUCGGCACCCUCACCACCUCCAGCUCCUCAGAUGAUGAGAACGACGAUGACAGUGCUGACGAUGUGUGCGAUGACGGCGACGAGGAGGGCAGGAGGGCUGCGGCGCAGCACCAGUGGCAGCGGCAGCAGCGUCGCAACAUGCCGCUGCCCGCCUACGGUCAAGCCGCCUCGCUCUACCAGAACGCGAAGGGCGAGACGUGCAUGGCCGUUCUCGGCGGCAUCUCCGUUGGGGACAUUUGCUGCAGCGGCUUCUUCUCCCUCAACCUCGACCGCCUCACGUGGCGGCGCGUUCAGACGACAAUUCCGCUUUUCAACAUGUGGGGGGCCACGGCGCAGACGCUGUACGCACCACGUCGCACCAGUGUGCCCUACGCUGCGACCGCGGACGAGGCGUGUGAGGACGAAGAAGGGAGUGGCACCCGCACCAAGGCGGAAGAGCAGGUGGUGGUUCUCUUUGGUGGGAUGACAGAGGAUGGCGAGGUUGUUCGGCCCGUGACGCAUCUCUUUCACUUCGAUCACCGCCUCACGGCGGCCGAGAUCGAGGCGAACCCGGACAUGUACCUAAAAAGCAUCGAGUACGAGAAAAGGGAGUACGCCCGCAUCAUGCGCCACGUGCUUUUGGAGGAAGACAUGGUCGGCUCCUCCACGACAACAGGCGACAAUGAGAGGGGCCCCAGCAUCGAGACGAGGUGUAGACACUGGCGUGAGGCGCACCCAGACACGCUCGCACGGUGGCGGCGACGUGCGCUGGAGAAAAUGGUGGGCAAGUACUGGGCCGAGUACCUCCGGGGCCCAGAGGACCUGCACGGGCGUCGCCGCUCCACAAGCGCUGCUUACAAGCGCCAUUUCAUGUACAUCUUUGGAGGCCGGGAUGAUUUCUACUUCUACAACGACCUCUGGUGUCUGAACCUCAUCACGCGGACCUGGGUGCAGGUGCGGGAAGGGGUGCCGUCGCACUGGCUUCGCAGCUUCCUGGCGGAGCCGCACAAUCCCAUGCACGGCAUCCUGAUCAACGACCGCGGGACGCAGCUGCGGCAGGAUACGGUCAUGAAGACAGAAGCGAAGCUGCUGCACAACUCUUCAAACGGCACUAUCAACCCGAUGCUCCGCGCCCGAGACGUGCACCACGCCCUCUUUGCGAGCUCGCUGAAUAGCUCUGCUCGGGCACGCACCGGUGCCUGCAUGGUGGCGGAUGUGCAGCGGGACUGCCUCUAUGUGUACGGCGGCUUCUCCUACACAGGCCAGCAGCACCUCACCUUCUUCGACCUCCACGCUUUUUACAUCGGGGAGAAUGUGUGGCGGCGCGUGUGCAUCUGCCGCGAGCGUCCAUGGGAAGUAACGCUUGACGCCACUGCAGACGUCGUGAGCGUCGUGCAUCCAGCGGAAGAGGGCAGAGCGUAUGCGCGUCACGCCUCAUCGCCUUUACCCGCAGGCGCCGGUGGGCAGACAAGCGACUCUGGGGCGUCCCCGCUGCCCCUUACGCUGAUGGGCUACGCUGCUCGCUAUCUUCAGGGCGACCCCCCAACAACCGCCUCCGUGAAGGCAACGUUAGCGGCCGCCUCUCUCGCUCCCCCUUUGGCGCCGCGCGGGUCACGGGCGAGUCGGACGUCGAAUACCCACUCGGUCUCCGGCACGUGCGGCGGCUGCUUCCGCCUGCCAGCCUUCGUGCCAGAGGCGCGCACGAUGGCAGCCAUGGUAGAGGAUCCGGUGCACCCCGGCGCACGCUUCUUCCUGCACGGCGGCCGCUCUGGUGAGGAGGCCUGCGGCGAUUUCUUCGAGUUACGGACGUACGUCGGUCGCCCGGUGGACAUGGAGUACAUGAAGCUGCAUCGAGCGGCCCGGGAAAAGGAGGCGACCGUCUCGGCGCCCACACGCUCUUUGGCAGGCCUGAACACCUCGGCGCCACCCUCGGCCUCAUUGAGUAACCCUCCCGCAACCUCCAUGACGACACCGUCCCUGGCCGCGGCAGAUGCGGCGUCAAUGCAGGCUCCAGGGCUGACUGCCGCCGAUGUCGCACGGCUGCAGCCGCACAGUCGUCGUCAGCUCCAGCGCCAGCUGGUCAACGCUGCACUCGAGGCUCAGGAAGCGUUCGAGGACAUUCCUGCAGCGCAUUACAGCUCGAUCACCGACGCUGCACCACUCCCGCGCCGCACACUGCGCGACGCCGCGACGCUCUGGAUACGUGAUGGGCUGGCGGCUGUAGACCCUAAGAGUCUCAUGUUUGUGGAGCUACGCUACGGCCACGCUUUGGUGAACUUGCGCACUCACAUCCACUACCUCAGCCGGUUGAGCCUGCUUGAAGGCGGCGGCGGCGGCGAGGGGAGCAGGGCCACAGAGCCGGGUGAAAGGGAUUCGACAGCUGCAGCAGCAGCAACGGGUGUAUCACACACAUCCUUCGAGGUCAAUGACGCCUUGAACUCUCGGACAGGCACACUGGUUGGCACCGGAGGAGGCAUCAGUGCUUCGUCGAAUCUGCCGACGCCGAUGCAGCUUGAGAGCAUGGACGGCCACCUGAAACGGUCCGCAAGGUCGCUGGAGCUUCUCCUGUAUGAUGUGCUGCUCUCGAGGCUGAUGAACAACAAUGGCAGCGGCGCAGGAGGCGAUUGCGGUGGGAGUGCCAGUAAUGCCGCAUGCCACCGUCCCACGUGCAGCUCCAUUUAUAUUCCAGGGAGUGACCCAACGACGAGUCCGUACACACGCGGCGCCACCACAGACACGUUGCAUGAGGUCCGCGAGACGUUCCCAUCGCAGCCCGCCAGCGUUGUUAGCGGCAGUCCAGGCACGAGCCCCCGUAGUGUCACACCACUCUCCACGUCUCCGCAGGUUCAGAUUAUGAGCGGCGGGCAGUACUCGACCCCACGCAGCCCGCAGGCGCUGGGCAUGUCGUUCUCCGGUAACAACGGUGGGCCGACGCAACAGCUGCUCAGCACAUCGUUCCCAUCGCAGGGCAGUAACCCCACACUACUUAGCGUACGCGACGCUCGAGCGUCAUCGUCCGCCGUGACAAGUCGAAGCAGCAGCAUCUGCGGUAGUGGCAGUGGUGGCGGCGGCGGUGCAGGCGCUUCCACGUGCGGCCCCGCCAGCGGUGGUGCAACUCCAGCAAACCAAUACGGCUACCACGUGCUCCUGAGAAGCCUUUUCCAUCACGAGCCAUUCUACAAGCCCUGCUACCCGACUGACAAGAAGCGGUGA